UAUUUUCCCGAAAAAUAAUCAUUUCCUUAUUGAAAUAUAUCGGCAAAAGGUUUACUAAUGUACAUUUUGAAUCGAUAACACCAUCACAAAACCAUUACUCUGUUACAGGGCAGGCUACCUUGGACGUAUAUAUUAGUGAUCGGGCUAAUCAUUCAUGGACACUUACAGAUCUACCCUUUAUGAGCACGGGAGAGGCUAUCCGUGUGUAUAGUGUUGCUGGUCGUGGAUUAUCCUCGGGUACUGAGAAAGUGCAUUCAUGCAGGUGUCGCUAUCACGUUGUGGUGUAAUAGGUUUUACAUACAAAUGCGCGAGAUAAGAUUCCUACAUUGUAAAGAUCAGUCAACCCUUGUGUAUUGGCCGAGAUGAGUUGAAGAACACGGUAAAUAUACUUUGUCAAUAAAUAAAACUUGAUUAAUUUUAUUCUACCUGAGCACAGGUGAGUUGUUUACAUAUACGUUUUAUAAACCACUUCUGUCUGAAGCAUAUAUCAAUAACCGGUGAUGGUAUCCAGUACACAUACUGAUCAACAGUGUCAUAACCAUCAGUGAUAUAGCCGCGCUUCAUCAGAACAAUUUUAUAGAUAGCUAGGGAAAUGUCGGGAACAUUACCAGUACAAGACCGUCGGAAUGCCCAAGACAGACGGACGACACAAGCCUCGAAACCGUCCGUCCCAACUGCUGCCUCUAUGGACAGUAAGAAGGGUGGCGGCAAGUAUUCCACACUACCCUUCAUGAAGGAGGAUCCUUAUACUGACUUGGUUCUUGUGAUAGAGGAAAAGAAGCUCUACUUAAAUCGUUCACUCCUGGGAUGCGCGUCUACUUAUUUUAAUCAAAUACUCACAGAACAUCAGAAUGAAAAGAAGAAAACGGAUACGAUGGAGCUUAAGAUCGUGGGUAACAUUUACCAAGAGUUUGUGGACCUGUUAUCCGUCCUACACCCGGCAGUCAACAAAGACUUGAAUGAAAGAACAGCACUAAGGCUGCUGCCUCUGUUGGAAGAAUACAAGAUGGAUGUAAUGAAAGACAAAUGUGAAAAGGUCUUGUUGAACAGUUUGAGAAAGCUUCCAUUAGACUCCAAACCCGCCGCCUCUUCAUCAUCGAGGAACAAGAAGGACGAUCCUGCUGACAUAUUGGUACGAUAUAUGAAAAUUGCUGAGGCAGGAAAUUCCAGAAAUGUGCUCGACCAGUGUGUAAAAAUGUUUUCAGAAUCUAACGUAUCUUUGGAGGAGCUGAAGGCAAAUCCACACGUAUCACACCGCAUCAAGGCACAAGUGUUCCAGAACCGUAUGGAUUCUACGUUAGAACAACUGGUAAAAGUUGAGGCCGAAUUGGAGAAGGAAAAGCAAGAAAACGAGGCGUUGAGGAAACGCCGAGGGUUGAAGUCCAAUCCAGGCAGUAUGGACGACGUAAGUAAGACACAGCCUACACAGUCUAAGGCAGGACCCACCCGUGUACGUAGGUACAAAGUUGGUACCAAGGAAUCUCUUUCCGUCAGCAGAUCACAGCUUAACUGAUCACGGUCCGUCAGCAGAUCACAGCUUAACUGAUCACGGUCCGUCAGCAGAUCACAGCUUAACUGAUCACGGAUCGCCUAGCAAACAUGUGUCACCAUUAUGAGAAUUCCACAGAGAUUCCGGCUGUGACAGUACCAGAUUGUUGUUUCCAAAAAAACGUUACUCUUUUAACGUAUCCAUAUGAUUUUCUGUCCUUAAAACAAACAUCGAGUAUAAAUAUAAGAUAAUUCCAUCUACAUAUGUAUCAGAUGGCAAAAGGUUCAUGUAGUAAUUAGUAUACAGUAGGAGUAUUUUAGGAAAACAUUUUACAAUAUUAUAUUUAUAUAUAACUGAGACCCUUACUGUAACCAGUAGAUUAUGCUGUUUUAUCUUCUUUUGUAUUUAAAAUCUUGAAAUAAAUCUACCUGAAGAUAUGGGCUAAAGAAGUCAUGAUUUAAACAGGAAUUCUGUUACACUACAUGCCACCUAUAUAUUUGGUAGCCUAUUGGUUCAACAGAGGCCCAUUUUUAACGGUAGCUCACUUUAUCAGCUUGUGUAAACAAUAAAUGGCUAUUUUUUCGAAUGGUAAUGUUGGAUUACUUUUGAAACAUCUAAAGCCUAUAAUAACGUUUUACAUCAACUGUGUAUUUUCCAGGUAAUUUUCCACAUAGUAGGACGUUUAUUAACUAGUUCAGUGAUAAAGUGAUGGACUGUCGUGGAUACAUUCGAGACAGUAAUGAAUAGCGAUACUCCCACAUACGUGUCCCCUUUUGAAAUCAUUCACGACACAUUAUCUGGCCUAAUAGGAAAGUAUUACUGAGUUUAAGGAAAAUAUCUUAAUAGGGAAUUGUCCUUGAAUUCUGUAAUGCCUCCCCUCUGGAAUAUUUCCAGUUAAGGAACGUUGAUGAAAACUUGGUGAGAUAUACAAGAUGUAUACCAUUAAUCAGUUUCGCGGAAGACAAUCGUCCUUUCGCCAAAUAUGUGUUUUGUGUCACUUUCUGUAAAGGGUGCCACCGUCUUUUCAAUAUCAAUAACUGCAAGGUCACAUGUUGUACUCUGUGAGGCUGUUACCUAGUGCCAGACAUGAACAAUUUCAGAUAAAAGUCGUAUUUCAGACUUUUUCCUCAUGCUGACUGUAAUGUUAAUUUUAAUAUUUCAUCAUAAAAACACACUACAAAUUGGGAUUUCAGACUUUUUUUCAUUUAGCUGCUCUCAUCGCUGCAGUGUGGGCUGGCCGUGACCGUCUGUCUAGAAUUUUCUCAAUCGUCUGCCUGGCUUUAACAACAGCAUGUCAUGUCUGCCAUGCCUGUCAUUGUAGAUCUGUCUUUCCAAGAUGACGUCUGGGAACUCUCUCCCUCUCUCUGUUGGCACAGUAGAUUUCGAUUACAAACGUUUUACGGUUUUAUUUCACAAGCUCCUUUGAACAUUGGACUAUGUUAUAAAUAAAGCAAUGUUCUGUA